CAGCCUGGUUUUUAUGGUUCCCAGCGUCACAGCCCCCCGGCCGGAGGAAUGUAGAGACGGAGCGCUUUAAAAAUAGCCUCCUGCGCUGUGACCCGCCGCUCCGGAGGCUCCGCCGCACUGUGGUGCGAGAAGCAGGAAUGCGAAGAUGGCUGCAGACCUCGGAGAGCUGCUGGUCCCCUACAUGCCCACCAUCAGGGUGCCCCGGACCGGAGACAGGGUCUUCAAGAGCGAGUGCGCCUUCUCCUUCGACUCCCCGGAGUCCGAGGGAGGCCUGUACGUGUGCAUGAACACAUUCCUGGGCUUCGGACGGGAACAUGUGGAGAGACAUUAUCGCAAAACGGGACAGAGUGUUUACAUGCACCUCAAACGACACGUCAAAGAGAAAGCCACAGGAGCUGCAGGAGGCGCCAUCCCCAGACGGAGGAACGGGAAAGUGUUUCUAGAUCUAGAGCUAAACCGGGACUUUAACGGAGAGGACUAUGAGUACGAGGACGAGGCCAAGCUCGUCAUUUUUCCAGACCACUUCGAGAUCCCGUUACCAAAUAUCGAGGAGCUGCCGGCUCUGGUGACCAUCGCCUGCGACGCUGUGCUCAACGCGCCAUCGGCCUACAAGAAGCAGGAGCCGGAGUCGUGGGAGGAGGAGAUCCAGGUGUCCAGGCACGCCAGGAGCCUCCGACAGCUCGAUAACGGGGUCCGGAUCCCGCCCAGCGGCUGGAAAUGUCAGAAGUGCGAGUUGAGGGAGAACCUGUGGCUGAACCUGACGGACGGAGCGGUGCUUUGCGGGAAGUGGUUCUUCGACGGAAGCGGCGGUAACGGCCACGCUCUGGAGCACUACAGGGAAACCAACCACCCGCUGGCGGUCAAGCUGGACACCAUCACCCCGGACGGAGCAGACGUCUACUCGUUCGAGGAGGAGGAGGCCGUGUUGGAUCCUCACAUAUCAGAGCACUUGUCACACUUUGGCAUAGACAUGCUGCAGAUGCAGAAAAGAACAGAGAACGGCCACCACACAGACAACAACUCCCGGCCGCGGGUCAGCGAGUGGGAGGUGAUCCAGGAGUCGGGCAUGAAGCUGAAGGCCGUCUUCGGUUCUGGUUACACGGGCAUCAAGAACCUGGGAAACAGCUGCUACCUGGGCACCGUCAUGCAGGUCCUCUUCAGCAUCCCGGACUUCCAGAGGAUGUAUGUGGGUAAUCUGCAGAGGAUAUUUGACUAUUCGCCCCUCGACCCCUCCCAGGACUUCGCCACACAAAUGGCUAAACUGGGACACGGACUGCUCUCGGGCCAGUUCGCCAAACCGCCCAUGAAAUCUGAGCUCAUUGAACAGGUGAUGAAAGAAGAAUACAAGCACCAGCAGAAAGGCGUCUCUCCGCGGAUGCUGAAGGCUCUGGUCAGCAGAGGACACCCGGAGUUCUCCUCCAACCGGCAGCAGGACGCCCACGAGUUCCUGCUGCACGUCGUCAACCUGGUGGAGAGGAACAGCGCCGGGUCAGAGAACCCGAGCGACGUCUUCCGCUUCCUGGUGGAGGAGCGAGUUCAGUGCUGCCAGACCCGUCGCGUUCGUUACACUCAGCGGGUGGAUUACUGCAUCCAGCUGCCGGCUCCCAUCGAGGCGGCGACUAAUCGAGAGGAGCUGCUGGCGUACGACGCCAAGCGUAAGGAGGCCGAGGAGAACAUGAGGGCUCCUCCUGAACCCGUCCGAGCUCGGAUCCCGUUCACCGCCUGCCUGCAGGCCUUCACCGAGCCCGAAAACGUCCCCGACUUCUGGAGCUCAGCGCUGCAGGCCAAGUCAGCCGGCGUCAAGACGUCCCGGUUCGCCUCGUUUCCAGAGUAUCUGAUUGUGCAGAUCAAGAAAUUCACAUUCGGGGUUGAUUGGGUGCCGAAGAAACUAGACUUGGCCAUCGACGUUCCAGACUUCCUGGACCUGAACCGACUCCGGGCCACCGGGCUGCAGGCGGGCGAGGAGGAGCUGCCGGACCUCAUGCCUCCCAUCGUGCUACCUGAAGACACCAGAGAUAACUCCAUGAGCUCCAUAGACUCCCCAGAAAUAGACGAGGCGGCCGUGAUGCAGCUGGCAGAGAUGGGAUUUCCUCUGGAGGCCUGCAGGAAGGCGGUUUACUACACGGGCAACAUGGGCCCCGAGAUGGCCUUCAACUGGAUCAUAGCGCACAUGGAGGAGCCCGACUUCGCCGAGCCGCUCCUGCUGCCCUCCAUGAUAGAUCCGGGUCCGUCCACCAGCGACAGCCCCAUGGCCGCCGCCCCGCCUCCGGGCAGCUCGCCCCCCGAGGAGAGCAUCUCCAUCCUGACCUCGAUGGGCUUCCCCCGCAACCACAGCAUCCGGGCGCUCAAAGCCACGAACAACAACCUGGAGCGAGCUCUCGACUGGAUCUUCACGCACCCGGAGGAGGAGGAGAGCGACGCCGUGUCAGACAUGGCCGACACGGAGCCCAACGACAACGCCUUCUCCAACGCCAACUCCCACAGCGACUCCACGCUGUCCCCGGACCGAGACACGACGGGGCCCCGGGUCAAGGACGGACCAGGAAGUAAGCGAGUGUUAUUGAUCCUCAUCUACUUGUAUGUUGUUUUAAAUGUGUUUGUUUUUUAUGCCUGUCAUAGAAGAAUUUCUGUCACUU